CCCUAACCUCACACCCCGAGUUAUGUCACCGCUAAUAAAUGGUUUUAUUAUAUUUUCGUUGACUGUAACGCUACUCUAUUUCGUCGGUUUGCUGACUUUUGUCAACGACCAUGAAGAGAACAAGUGUGAGAUGACCUACAUGUUCGAGUACCCCCAAUUUGUGCGAAUAUCAAACAAAAUCGACGAUAAAUACCCCAGAUAUGGACUUUACGCUUACAGUGAAGGUCGCCUCACCGAAAAAACCCGAAACAUGUUUUUCGACGGCAUCCCUGUAUUAUUUAUACCGGGAAAUGCCGGCUCGCACCGUCAAGGACGCUCUCUAGCAUCGGUGGCCCUUCGUAAAGCUUUAAACUCGCGAACACCUUUUCACUUUGACUAUUUCCUAAUCGAUUUAAAUAAUGAACUCAGCGGCCUAAACGGCGCACUUCUCGCCGAUCAACUCGAAUACGUCAACAAUUCGAUUUACACCGUUUUAGAUUUAUACCAAAAUCGAAAAAACCCAGCAAAGUCGGUGGUCCUAGUUGGCCAUUCUAUGGGUGGUAUCAUUGCCAAACGGUUGGUAUCAAACUUGGGGGAAAAUUCCGACUUGGUGCCAAUCGUCCUUGGCCUAGCUACACCACACCGAAGGCCCCCACUGCAACUUGAUUCAUUUUCGUACGAUUUUUACAAAAAUAUUGACACUAAAAAUAGCUCCACCACAUUUGUAAGCAUCACAGGGGGUUAUAAUGAUUUUCUAGUGCCUUCGUUUCUCACCAAUCACCCUGAUAGUAGCUUAAAUGUCGUGAGUACUCAAAUCCCCCGGUCGUGGCUCCCAGCCGACCACGUUUGCAUCCUUUGGUGCAAACAAUCAAUUUUAGCUAUAAACAGAGCUCUCUUUGAUUCAGUCGAUCCGAAAACAAAACAAAUAUCAAGCGAUCAAACUCUGCGUUAUAGGGUUUUUCACCACCAUUUGAUUCACCACAGCGGUAUUAAUAUCCGACUUUUGGAUAGUUAUAGUCUCAGUCCGAAUAUUAAGAACCAAGGGGAGUGGAUUGAGCCCUUCGGGCGCCAGUACUCGGUCCAAGUGCCCCGUCUGUCAAGCAGCCCCCAUUUUUACAUGAUUAGGCUUUUGAAUCAACCCCAACACCAAACCCUAACUGUGGUAGCCCUGAAUUUGGAAACUGUAGAUUGGGCUUUCGUAUGUGGGGCUCACAUACCACGGGGGAACUCCCGGAUUUGCGAAGAGUUCACUCAUUUGACACACUUGUCAGAAAUUUCGCCCUCAAGUAAUUACAAAAGACGUUCACUAACUGUAGAUAUGCACGAAUUGAUGAAAAACAACACAGUGUGGACACACAUCGUCCUGCGAGUGCUACCAACCGACGAACAAGUAAUUCUGAACGUUGAUGUUUAUAACACUGGCGACAGAAAAACCCUAGUCAAUUUACCCAACUUACUAUCAUUCAAACGCCAAACAAUCAUCGAACAAACGCACGAAAAAGCAAUACACUAUGAGUUGGUACUACCGAAUUUAUAUCACUUGAUGCAGUCGUACCAACUGUACGUCGAAUCGAUUCAAUGCGUCAAUCAAUUCAGACACGCCACAGCUAGCUUGAUUGUACCAUGGGGACACCAAAACCAACACAAAUUUUUCAUCGACGGAGAUAACAAACCGAUGAACGUUAGACUGUAUAGUUCAAGGCCACAAUGGGCCUCAAACCAGUCGGCUGUGAUCCAACUAAGACUUGACCCAACUUGUCGCUACAAAAUCAGCAUCCAGUCAUCAUUUAUUGGCGUUUUAUCGCAGUUGGCACGAUUUUAUUCACCACUGUUGAUUGUUAAUGUGGCAGCAGUGAUUUUGGUGGCCUUGAAUACGCAAUUAAAAUCUCUAGGACAGGAAAAUGACUGUUGCUUAUUUUUCACAGCAGUUAAAGAAGGAGCAAAACCGUACUAUAUUUUGACAAGUGUCAAAUUAAUUUCGCGUUUUUUGAGUUUCAAACCAUUCGUCACGUAUUUGGCGGCCCCCGAUUGGUUGAUAAUGUCAGAGGAGGGGACAGAUUUCUUCUUGCUGCCCCUCCUACUUUACAUUUGUAGCGUCGGUAUUGUGUGGCUCUUGGGGAUUUUUUUGGGCGUCUCAUUGGUAGUAUGUGAGACGACAGUACAUAAGUUUACCCUAAAGUUUUUGGCAAAAACUGUCAGUUUUACUGUCAGUUGGUCGGAUUAUUUAAUGUCAGCACUGCACAAACUGCCUUGCAUUGUUGCCACCUUUCUCAUAUGUCUUUGUAUGACAACGACCGGUAGUCUCGCACUUUGUGUCGGAAUGGUUUUUUAUUUUAUGAGGCUGACACAACUAUCACAAGAUUACAUUGAGGAGUUAGUCUGGUACUAUGUGAAAAAAAUCGGCAAAAAACUUAAAAAAUCGAACAAAGAUAAAGAUAAUAAUAGUAAUAAUAGUGGGGAGACACCAGCUCACAACGCUAUAUUUUUCCACGCCACUUUAUUCCUUCUGUGGUCCAUACUAACAGUCAUAAACGUGCCAUCCGUGCUAACGUGGGCCCACAAUUUCAAAUUUAGCACCGCCCUCAAACCAGACCCCGCCUUUUAUCCCGGGCUGGUCCUAAGCAUCUGCGCGUUGCCUCUGUGGCAAUUGGACGUUCCAAAAAUCGAAAGGCGGGGCUAUGUCGAGCUAGGCCAAUUGAUGAUAGUUCUGGCCGUCGCCAGCUUGAUUUACGCGCCGAUUUCACUUUUUAGAUUAAAUUUCACAUUGACUAGUGCAAUUGCGUUUGUUACUUUGCAUCAGUUGGUAGCGCCGAAUCGGGAAAUACCCGAAACGAGCCGAACGGAACAACCGAUUGCUUACGAGACGAUCAAGGCGAAACUUGAAUAGGUUCUAGUCAGGGCUGUUUUUAUUUGUGAUCUCUGCUAUUUGAUUUAAUUCAAAUUUCCCGCCCUUGUCCAGGAUCAAGAUGGCUAAACUGGACUCCACAGGAAUGAGAAUUGUGAUUUUCCCGAACAAUUUGUUUAUUUACGCUUUGUUAGACACGAUUAGCAAGCAAAUGUUUAAUUUUAAGCUUUAAUGCGGCAGUAUUUCACCUGUUUAUCGUUAAGUGCAAAUAAACCAAUAGUGAUGUGA